CAUGAACAUAUCUUCAGUGUAGAAAGAGAUUUCCCAUAAAAUGCAGAUUUGCUCUGAAAAAUUAAAUUAGCCUAUUUUUUACUCACUCUCAAGCAUGGGCGUAAAUCCCGGGGGGGACUGAGGGGACACGCCCCCCUCCAUCCGAGGGUUGUCCUCCCCAAAUCAUUAAAACUUGCACUGUCUAUUGUGAUGAAUAUAUUUAUGUAUAACUAAACUUAAUUGUGUAUUUAGAAAAAAAAUCUUAAAAGUUUUAAGUUUAGAAACAGUAGAGUUCCCCCUCCCCUGCCUCACAGUGAUUUGGCCGUUUCCCUGUUCAUCUCACCUACACUUAGUACGCUACACAUAAUUAAGGUAUGCGGUUCAGUUCAUCAGUGGUUGUUGAACUCCAGUAAGAAGGAUAUUUUAUAUACUUUAAAUGAAGUGAUUCUCUUUAAUGUAGUUGAUGUUGAUUCAUUAAUAAAUUAGUUGUUGCAAAAAAUGCUGAUUACCGAUGUAUGUUUACAUGAAUCUGCUAUGUUUACAUUUACAUUAAGACAUUUAGCAGACGCUUUUAUCCAAAGUGAUUUAUAAAGAGUUUAGGAGCAAUAAGCGAUAUGUCAUACAGGAGCCAUAAUACAUAAAGUGCCAAUACAAAGUUACUGGUUUCAACAAAAGCUAGACCACUAACUGUUGAGAUAAAGGGUUAGUGAGUUUUUAUUUUCAUUUGUAUGUCAAGUAUUCACAGAAGAGAUGACAGAGAGACUGCCUGUUUACUGCCAAUUUACUGCCUGGCAUGACCGUGUUGUCUUUGCAAUGUGAUCAUUGAAGGAGAGAUGUUCAUCAAAUAUGACUCGGAGGUUCCUGGCUGUUUUGGAAUGGGUGAUUGUGGUAUUGCCAAGAUGGAUGUUGAGAUCGUGUUGGACCGUAGGGUGUGCCGGAAACACAAGUAAUUCUGUCUUGGCAGGGUUCAGCUGGAGCUGAUGCCCUUUCAUCCAAGCUGAGAUGUCCUCGAGGCAGGCUGUAAUGCGAGCUGAUACAGUGUUAUCGUCUGUACCAUGGACAUGUUAACAAUUAAAAAGUAACUUAGCUAGUUAACAUUAGCUUGUUUACAAUAGCUCAUUACAGAGGACGUCAACACACUGCAACUAACAUGCCGAAGCUGUUUCUCAUGCUUUUGUUUUGUUUGUGGCGAUCUGGCAAUAAUGUGAAGAUUAACGGCCACAAUUAGCCACCGAUCCUGCGAUUCAGGUCCCGUGUCACACACAGUGGUGCACAUACCGUUUUGCCACUAUAUUUUGCACAAAAGGUGCACAGCUUUCAUUCAGUUGGAGAAGGUCGUUUUCUCACCAUCUAUUUUGUGCAGUAUGUGCGCGGCGGAUAAGUUAAACAUUCAGUUUACUGAAACUCGGGCGAUUCAUCAACUAGUACAACACAGAAUUUAAGCAUCUGUUACUGACUGUUUGGGUACACGAACAUGAAUAUAGUACAUCUAUUUACGUAGUUUGUUGGCGUAGGCAUUGCACUACAUGGCAAAAUAACCACCACUCUUUAAUGUAGAUGUAUGGUGACCUUGUCAGGAUAAGAUAUGUUUAACUGUUUAAAAGUGACUCAUUGUUAACAUGUAGUAUCAUGGGUAUUGUGUUUUUAUACUAAUUUCCUGUCUUGACAACAGAUACAAAAAAAAGAUGUAAAUGGAAACAGCUUUAUUAGGUGUUCACUUGUAUGACAGUAUGUGACAGUUCUAUUCAGUUAUAAUAUGACUGCAAGACUGGAUGAUAAACCUAUGAACCAUAACGCAUAUUGUUGCUUUGUGUCGUAGUUAAUACAAUUUUGACUGCAUUAUUUGUGUCCCCUUCAAAAUUGCUCUUGAGAAAUUAUUUGUUUAUUAUCCCCCCUACUGUUAAAUUAGCUAGUUUAACUGGGACAUCACAGGUGUAUUUGACCUUCUUUAAUCAAUUCAAUUGGUUUGGAUCUAUUGGUUUUUGAAAAACAUUUUUAUUUCAAAUAGAUACGUGAAGACUAUUUCGUUAAAAGGGAAAACAGAGUUGUGUCCUAAAUGACAUACUAUGCGUGAGUUUUAUUUCAAUGAAGACUAAAUCUGUACCUUAUGUAGAGGGUCAACAUGUCACACAGGCUGCUCUUUUAAUAUUGUGAUGAAUGCCAAUACAGCAGCAGCACGCGCUUCCCGCGUUUAACUCAACAGAGCAGCGCGCGCAGCAAGACUGCAUAUGACAGGACCGAUCUCUGUCGUUUACAUCUUAUUAUUGUGGUGGAACAUUAAACUUUCUUUUAUUUGUAGUCAACAGGUUGUCCUCUGACAGCCGUAACAACUCGUGAAGUGCAUUUAACUGACAGGAAUUCAUUUCUGUCAGAGAAAUCUUUUGUUUCAUCAGACUUAGCUUGUUACUUAAGAUAAAAUAAACCGCUUUUAUGAAGACGGAAAACUGAAAUGCACGUGAAAUGUAUUAUUUUAAUGUAAAAUUAUUUCACAGCACUGUUGAGGGUGAGAAAUGAUCUCGUUAUGACGUUAUUCUCAAAAAUAUUUAGACCUCAUUCUCGUAAUUUUGGAAGUAUUAUGUAUUGUUUUCAUUGACGAUUCCUCGUCGUUUAUUUUUCACUCGUUCAGGAGAUUCAGUGUUGAACUUCCUGAAGCGAAACAUGCAAACAAACACAAGAACUGUGUGUUGAUCAGAUCAGUCUGAUACUGAAAGGAAAACAUCGCCAUUUGAGAGACGCAAACUGACGUGAAACAAACACACACGUUCACGGUAAGAACUUAACCAUAACCUUCACUUCAGCUUCUGAUUUACUGUCUUUAUAUCUUAUCAUGUUUGUAUUACACUUGCUGUCGUGUAAACGAUCUUAAAGCUUAAUUUAAAACCGCUGAGAAAAGAUCAGAACGAACAUAAACUCGAGGAUUAUCGUGAAAUCAAACAUCAUUCUGACUUUGGUUCUCAUCUGAAAUAACUACAACUAUAAAGAGUUUAUGUUGUAACACUAGACGGUCAUUGUUACGAUGUAUGGUCACGUGAUUUCAGGUGUCGCGAUAGAGGUUUGAUCAGUUCAGAUGUGUCUGAUAUCUCUAAUAUUCCUUCUUAGAUCUCCUUGAAUCCAUCAAUAAAUACACACACAAAAGCUUUAUGUUUUUCAUGUGAAACACAACACGGAAGUAAAUUCACUUCAAAUACAGACACAUUUACUUUCACUUUCACUCUUUAGCCUAGUGUGAAUGUCAGGGUUGGACUGCUCUCUUCUCACAUUAAGACGGAAAAGAGACUUGAGAAAUAAAAACACACAGCAGACUGUCUAUAGUCCUUACAUAAAAUCAUUUCCUUGUUUAAUUGAGUGUUUUCUGUGUUACUGUACACAUAUCUGAGGUCAGUUUCUCAUGAUGGAGAAUGCAGAGCGCAUUGAUUCUGAUAUGAGACAUUCAGAGAUAAAAGCAUUCCCAUCAUCUCCAGAACCCAGUGUGGUGUCUAUCAAGAGUAACCUAUCAUUGCAUAUCCCACCUGAUCUCAGUGAUGGCUCAGUAACAUCUGAAUCUAUAUCAAACAAUAGAGGUGAAGAUGAUGUGAGUGCAGACGUGCACCAGGAUUGUCAUGAUGGAUCACUGGAUGAUGUUCUGCAGAGAGUCAAAGACAAACACAAAAGCGUCAUGAAGGACAAGUAUGAGAGUUUAUUCGAGGGAAUCAAAGCACAAGAGAAUCAAACCCUCCUGAAGAGAAUUUACACACAGCUGUACAUCAUAGAGGGAGAGAGUGAAGGAGUGAAUGAAGAACAUGAGGUUUUACACAUGGAGAAACAGCCCAGAAGAACACAACAAGACACUCCAAUCUACUGCAAUGACAUCUUUAAACCUCAAUCACAUCACAGACACAAAAUCAAGAGUGUUCUUACUAAAGGCAUCGCUGGAAUUGGAAAAACAGUCUCUGUGCAGAAGGUCAUUCUGGAUUGGGCCGAGGGAACAGCCAAUCAGGGUGUAGAUUUUAUGUUCCUGCUUCCGUUUCGAGAGCUGAACUUGAUUCGGGAGCAUCGCUACAGUCUUCACAAACUUCUGCUGGACUUUCACCCUGAACUUCAAGAUGUUGACUCACAGAUUUAUGAGGAGUGUAAAGUUGUGUUCAUCUUUGAUGGUCUGGAUGAAAGCAGAAUGACUCUGAUGUUUUCAGACAGUGAGAAAGUUUCUGAUGUGACUGACACUUCAUCAGUGGCUGUGUUGAUGUCAAACCUCAUGAAAGGAGAUCUGCUUCCCUCUGCUCUCAUCUGGAUCACCUCCAGACCAGCAGCAGCCAAUCAGAUCCCCUCCAAAUACAUCACACGUGUGACAGAAAUCCAGGGAUUCAACGACGCUCAGAAGGAGGAAUAUUUCAGGAAGAGAAUCAGCGACGAGCAUCAAGCCAGCAGAAUCAUGUCACACAUUAGAAGAGCGAGAAGCCUCCACAUCAUGUGUCACAUACCAGUCUUCUGUUGGAUCUCAUCCACUGUGCUUCAGAAGAUCCUGACACAAGAUCACAGUGAAGAAAUCCCCAAAACUCUGAGUGAAAUGUACAUCCACUUCCUGCUGAUUCAGAUGCAGAUGAAGAAUGAGAAGUAUGAUCCAGAGAGAGAUCCAGAGAUCAACAGAGAAGUGAUUGUGAAACUGGCUGAAGUGGCUUUCAAACAGCUGAUGAAGGGCAAUGUGAUGUUCUAUGAGGAGGAUCUGAGAGAGUGUGAGAUAGACAUCAGUAACGCCUCGCUGUAUUCUGGCAUCUGUACUGAGAUCUUUAAGGAGGAAUCUGUCUUUCAUCAGAGGAAGAUCUACAGCUUCAUACAUCUCAGCUUUCAGGAGUUUCUCGCUGCGCUCUACGUGUUUUAUUGUUAUGUCAUCAAAAAUACAGAUACUUGUAAGUUCUUUGAUGUAGUUCACACUAUGCAUAGAGAGACAGUAGAUAGAGCUCUUGAGAGUGAAACUGGUCAUCUGGAUCUUUUCUUGAGAUUUCUGUUGGGCAUCUCACUGGAGUCCAAUCAGAGACUCUUACAGGAUCUACUGACACGCACGCUGGACACAUCACAAACCAUCAAGAAAACUACAGAGUACAUUAAAAAGAAAACCAGGAAUAAUGAAGAUUUCUUAGCUGACAGAUGCAUCAAUCUGUUCUUGUGUCUGGCUGAAGUGAAUGAUCCGACUCUGUACAGAGAGAUCCAAGAGUUUGUGAGAUCAGACAAACACCUAGAGAAGAAACUCUCUGUUGCUCACUGUUCAGCAAUAUCCUACAUGCUUCAGAUGUCAGAGGAGGUGAUGGAUGAGUUUGAUCCGAAGAAAUACAACACAACACAGGAGGGCAGAAGAAGACUUGUACCAGCUGUCAUCAACUGCAAGAGAGCUCUUCUACAGAGUUGUAAUCUGACUGAUGAGUGUUUUGAAAGUUUGUCUUCAUGUCUACAAUCCUCAAACUGUCUGAGAGAGUUGGACCUGAGUAACAAUGAUCUGAAGGAUUCAGGAGUGAAGCUGAUCUUUGAUGCUCUCAAGACUCACAAGUGUCAACUACACAUACUGAGAUUGUCAAGUUGUGAUCUCACUGUUGAGUGUUGUGCGAGUUUGUCUUCAUGUCUACAAUCCUCAAACUGUCUGAGAGAACUGGACCUGAGUAACAAUGAUCUGAAGGAUUCAGGAGUGAAGCUGAUCUCUGAUGCUCUCAAGACUCACAACUGUCAACUACACACUCUCAGGUUAUCAGGUUGUAUGGUGACAGAUGAAGGUUGUUGUUAUUUGGCUUCAGCUCUGAGUUCAAACCCGUCACACCUGAGAGAGCUGGAUCUGAGCUACAAUCACCCACAACACUCAGCACUUCAGCUGCUCUCUGAUACACUCAAGGAUCCAAACUACACACUCAACAAACUCAAUGUUGAUCAUGGAGGAGAGUUCAGAAUCACAGCAGGACCACGCAAGUGGGUCUGUGAUCUCACACUGGAUCUAAACACAGCAAACACAAAACUCAAACUGACUGAAGAGAACAGACAGAUCACACGUGUGUCUGACCAUCAAUCGUAUCCUGAUCAUCCAGACAGAUUUGAUGAUGCUCCUCAGGUGUUGUGUAGAGAGAGUCUGACUGGACGCUGUUACUGGGAGGCUGAAUGGAGCGGGACAGAGGCUGAUAUAUCAGUGUCAUAUAAAAGCAUCAACAGGAAAGGAAGGAGUCAUGACAGUUUGUUUAGAUUGAAUGCAAAAUCAUGGCUUGUGGACUGCUCUGAUGUUGGAUUCACUGCAUGUCACAAUAAUGAUCAAACAGUGAUAUCUGCCUCGACACCUCUCUCUAAGAGAGUAGGUGUGUAUGUGGACUGGCCGGCCGGCACUGUGUCCUUCUACAGCAUCUCUGACACACACACACUCACACACAUACACACAUUCAACACAACAUUCACUGAGCCUCUCUGUGCUGGAUUCAGAGUUUAUUAUAACUCUUCAGUGUCUCUGUGUAACACACACUUGAUCAUGUGAGUUUUUGUAGUUCUAAAAGUGAAGUUUUCUGCUUUGUAUAACUUUGAAUAUUUAACUUUCAUUUAUGAAAAAGAUUAAAUGUAUGUAAUAUUGUAUGUCUUUAAAACUGACAAUGCUCGAGUACAAGGGUCAGAUUUAUUAAACAGGGCAAAUUAGAAGUGCAUUUUUAAAACGCCUUUUCAGCGCUCAUUUUCGUCGAAAUUUAGUACAACACCGCCUGAAGCUGUUAGCAAAUCCAGCCCUUAAUGUCAGAAUAACAGAUUGAAUAAAAUUGUACAAAACACCAUGAA